AUGGGAAAUUGGAGUGGGAUCCAUGUAGAGAACUUCAUCCUGGUGGGCUUUCCUACCUCACAGCCCCUCCAGCUAUUCCUUUUUGUUCUCUUUCUCAUCUUCUACCUGAUGACUUUGCUAGAGAAUGCUCUCAUCAUAUCCACUGUGUGGCUCACUCCUGCCCUUCACCGCCCUAUGUAUUUUUUCCUGAGUCACCUAUCCUUCUUGGAGCUGUGGUAUAUCAAUGUUACUGUCCCUCGGCUAUUGGGAGCCUUUCUGACCCAGAAUCUUUGGAUCUCCUUUGUGGGCUGCAUGACCCAGCUAUACUUUUUCGUUGCAUUGGCCUGUACUGAGUGUGUCCUUCUAGCUGUCAUGGCUUAUGAUCGGUACCUGGCCAUCUGUGAGCCCCUCCGCUACCCUAGCCUCAUGUCUCCAUCUCUAGCUACCCGUCUAGCAACUGCUUCUUGGGUCAGUGGCUUCUUUAGCUCCAUGAUGAAGCUCUUGUUCAUUGGUCGGUUAUCUUACUGUGGCCCCAAUGUCAUCAACCAUUUCUUCUGUGACAUCUCUCCUCUCCUCAACCUUACCUGCUCAGACAAGGAACAGGCUGAGCUGGUGGAUUUCCUCCUGGCCUUGGUAAUGAUCUUACUGCCCUUGCUGGCUGUGGUGUCCUCCUAUGCCGCCAUCAUUGUGGCCAUCUUGAGGAUCCCCACUUCCCAAGGAAGGCAGAAAGCCUUCUCAACCUGUGCCUCACACCUAGCAGUAGUUGUGAUCUUCUACUCUUCCAUCCUCUUCAUAUAUGCUCGACCAAGGGCUAUGUAUGCUUUUAACUACAAUAAAGUAAUAUCUGUGUUAUACACUGUUAUUGUGCCUCUCCUCAACCCUGCCAUCUACUGCUUGAGGAACAAGGAAGUGAAGGAUGCCCUGAGGAAGACAGUGCUGGACCGAUGUCACCAUUGUGGUGAUUCCCAAGAUUGA